AUGCGGUUCACUCACAUCUUCCUUCCCCUCCUCGCGGCUCCCAUGGCUCUGGCUGUUGCUGCCCCAGAACCCAACCCCGUCGCUGCUCCCGCCCCUGCCAGUACCACCGGGCUUCUCAACACAAUCAGCGAACUCGAGAGCCUGCUCACCGAUGAAAAUAUCAGCAACCUCCAGACUAUCAUCACCAAUGCGGCGAAGGUUCUCUCCAAUGAUAAUACCAACACACUACAAACUAUCUUGACCAACGCUGGCUCGUUGUUGACCAAGGAGUUUGUGGAUAAUACUACUACUUUGAUUGGGGAUGCUACACCGCUUAUCGAGGACGUCUCGAAAUUACUUGGGUCUCUUCUUGGGUCACUCUAG